CCGCAACAGAUCUCCUGAACGUUAAGAUGAACAGAACCUACGGACUUUCCCUCCUGGUUCUCAUUGCCCUGGGCUACAGCUUUGGCCUCCAGGAGAGUAGAGAACAGAGAGAUCCAUGGGAGAAAAUUCACUUCUGGGACAUAUUCCCCGACGCGGAGGAGAAAGGUCUAGGAUCUCUCCUACCCGGCGGAGGCUUAAGAGAUAAGAAGUCCAUAGACCCGGCUUCGUUGUUCAGCGUGGCCAAGGAGCUCCAGGGAUUCGGGAAGGAAAGGGCAGGUUUCCGGUUUAGGUUCGGGAGAAGGGAGGAUGGGAACGAAGUGGAGGAUUUCGAGUCUCAAGGAGAGGAAAAGCGAGGGGAUUCUCCGCUAGGAUCGCUGGCAGAGGAGCUUAACGGCUACAACAGGAAGAAAGGCGGCUUCAACUUCAGAUUUGGAAGACGAUAAAAAAGAUCAAGGUGGAUCACUCUUAACCCACAUGGAAAUCCAGUAUGUGAUAUUAAUCUUCUGUCUCCUGUUUUAUUAAUCACCAUUAUUAACUCAUCAGCAGAGCAUCUGGAUAACUCUUAUGCCGCAAAAAAGGAUGCUCCGUU